GCGCGCCUGUGUUCGUCUCAGGCGGGGCCUCGCGGCACAAUGACGCUCUGACAAAGAGAAUCAGCGCUCGAUGUGACGGUGCGGCGCGGGCCGCCAUUUCAAAGCCGAGUAAACGCGCGAGGAUUCACGAUUUAAUAGACGGAUGCUUGUUUUUUAGAGUAAAGUGAAGAACGCUUUAUAUUUUAACGGCUUGUCUCUUAGAAGAGCUCUCGAUCUCAUAAGAUGGAUGCCGACACAGAGCAGGUGGAGGAGACGACAGAGGUGACGGAGGCCACAGAAACGCCCACGCAGGAGGAGCCUUCAUCUGACAGCAAGUUCAGGGGUCGCGGAAUGAAGUUUCGCGGCAGAGGUGGCCGAAUGGGCCGCGGGAUUCGUGGCGGACGUGGGAUGAUGAUGAUGAUGAAAGGCUUCAGACCACCGGGUCACAUGAGAGGCAGAGGCCGCGACGGGUUUACGAACGGAUUUGGACCCAUGAGGAGAGGCAUGGGUAGGACGUGGCCGUAUCCAGACAUGCGCGGCCGUCGAGGUCGAGGCGGUCCGAUGGGAAUGAGCUUGGGUCCGCCACCGCCGCCACCUCCUCCGCCUAUGCACAUGAGAGGACCUCCUCCACACAUGCACAGGCACGGCCCGCCUCCUCCUCCCCCCCCGCCAGGGCACCCGGCCUUCAGAGGGCGUCCCCCACACCCGAGAGGGCGGAGCAUGAUGCCGCCCGGCCCGCCUCGCUUCUUCCACCCCAGAGGGGGUUAGACACCCUUUUGGAAGGCAGCCGGACACACGUAGGAGGCAGGACGAUCCCGUCUGUCCCUCCUCUCCUCCCCUGCCCCGCCCCCGCCGCUGUGAUGCUCCGCCCCCUCAUAACCACGGUGAGUUUGUCUUUGUGUUCAGACCCUCUCUCUCUCUCUCUCUCUCUCUCUCUCUCUCUCUCUCGUGAAAUAGAGCGGCUGACCUGUCAAUCACACUUAGAGGACGUUACAAGUGAAAGUUAGUGGUUCCUCCAACAUUAAAGCAUGUAUUGAUCUCAGGUGAACAUUAUUAAAAUCAAUAUCUGUAGUUAAUAAUCAGAAGCAAGUUUUCAUUUGCGUUAAAUAAAUGAACUAACACUGAACAACAACAUUCAUUAUCUUAGUUCAUGUCAAUUAAGGCUUGAGGAACCAAUCAAAAGUUUCUUCAGCUUUGAAGUUUUGUAGACACUUUACAUUAUUAAUUAUUAAUACAUUUGUUAGUUUUUAUUCAUCUUUGUUAGUGUUAAUAAAAAUACUAGUGCUGUCGGAUUAAUCGCAUCUAAUGUGCGUGUUUGUGUAUAUAAUAUACUAAUUUAUAUAAAGACACAUAUUACAUAAGCACAACCUUUUUUUUAGGUGCAAUUAAUGGAUUUGACAGCACUAAAAUACUCCAUUAAAAAAUAUGGAAACACUUUCAUUUGUUUACAUUUAAUGCAUUAACCUGAAUUAAGCAAAAUAUUCUUACAGCACAUUAUUAUUAGUUAAUAAAAAUGUUCAGAUAAUAAAUACAAUGUCUUAUAAAAAUAAAAAGUGUGAUAUUAACAGAUGCAACUUUUGAUAUUAAUGUGUUAGUAAAUGUUGAAAGUUACUAAGAAAAUAAAGAAAUGCUUUUCUAAGUGUUUUGGUUGUUUUUCAUUGUUCAUGUUAACUAAUGGAACAUUUUUUUAAAAGCGUUUCCUAAAUAUAAAUGGUAAUUUCUUCAUAAAACUUAAUCAAAUAGUGUAUAAUGCAUUAUAUAUGUUAUAUAUAAUUGUAACCAAAGUUAAAAUGCAGCAUUGCAUUAUAGUAUUUGCAAAUUCCUUGUUACAUCUGAUGUUUUUUAAUGCAAACAAUGAAUUGAAAAGUGUUAUAUAUAUAUAUAUAUCAGAUAAAACAGUGCAUUAAAACACAUAAUGCAUUAAAACACUUACAAUGCAUUAUAUAUAUAUCAAGUAAAGUGUUAAAGUUUUUUGUGUAAACAAUGAAUUGAAAGCGUCAGAGGUGUUUUUGGUCGCUUCAUAACUCACAUAAUAAUUGCAUUAUUCUCCAGUGUGUAAGAUAGUCAUAACCACGAAUACACAGUUCACAAUAUCAUUUUUGAGGCACGUUCAAAGAUUCUCCAGAGGGUUAAAUUAUGUGUCAUCCAUCAUUUUUACAGCGAUGAACAGCUGCCAUAAAAAAAAUUCAAGAGUUUUUCAGACAGAAAGAGCUCAAAUAUCUGCAGCUGGAAGACGAACUGCCUGAAACUAAUGCAAUUUUAGUUUUUAUCUCUUUUUAUCUCAUCUAAAUGUUUAAAUUCUGUUGACCGGGAUUCUGUUUUACUCCCUAUAAUGAAUGUGUUUGACAUCUUGCUGUUUUGUGUUCAUGAUCUCUGUAUGGGAGAGACACGAGCGAGCGGUGAGUCAUGUGACUGCUCUGGUUCAGAGGAAUGAGUCAUUUGGUUUGUGCAGCAGGACUGCGCAGACGCAGACGGACCAGAGGAGCCGUAAGUAACACACUUCAGCUGGACUGCGUGAUUCAUUCACACACACAAUCAUCUUCAGUGUAAACAGAUCUAGAUCUAUAGCUUCUCAGAUGCUCAUGUCAUUAGUUUUUCUCUUGCAUUAAAGGGAAAGAUGUUUCUGCAAA